UCAAUAGUAUCCAUCUGCAGACCCGCAGCACAGCCGUUUUAGAACCGCCGUUUCAGAACCGCUGUUUCAGAACCGGAAGUGAGGGGCGGAGCUAUUAACACCUAGAAAUGGCGGAGAGCACGAGACAUAUAACUAUUCAGAAUGGUGACGCAUUACCUGAGCUGCAGCAGUGCAACAAGUGUUGCAGCAAUUAUCACUGCCCUUUUUGCGCGGCCAGCGUGUUUAAGCCAGCCAAACUGGUCAAAUUAAAAACCCAUCUUCAAAGCCACUUUAACAAGGCAGUAGUCUGUGGAGGCUAUACUAUACACAGAUGUGGACUAGGAUGUAGACCAGCUCUACAUCACCACUGUCCAUACUGUGAAACAACAAUUUUAAAGAGAGGUGAUUUUGAAAAACAUGUACAGGUUUGCAAAAAAAACCCACCUCCAACUUCAGCCACAAUUCCAUCUCCAACCACUGCAGCAUUGACCAUACCAGCUGUGAGAGGGACACCAUCUUCAACCACUGCAGUGCUGACCACACCAGCUGUGAGAGGGAAACCAUCUCCUACCACUGCAGUUCUGACCACACCAUCUCCAACCACUGCAGUGCCAACUACACCAGCAGUCUUCUCAGGAAGGGUUUGUGUAAGGCCUGUGAUCAGAAAAAGAUGCCCAGUUUGCAAUAUCCUCAUUAAUAAAAGAAACCUAAAAAAGCACAUUGACUGCAAACACACAGAAGAGCCAAUACAGGACAUUAAUGCCACAUCCCAUCUUGAGAGCCAGUGCAUCGAUAGGACAAAUGGCAUAUUUACAGUUCUUAAAGUUACAAAGGGUCACAGUGUUCCUCUUCAUAUUCAGGUCAAGACAUGGGGAGAACAUCAUAAGGUCAUUUGUGAAUCACAUGAAUGUCAGGUCAGUAUGGAAGUUGCACAGAGAAGUGGCCUGUCAUCAUACCAGUGCAAACACAUCCGCUCUGUAAAUUACUGUGCAUCCUCUGCAGAACCAGUCUCCCUGAAAGAAGAGAUUUUAUCCGAGAUGGUGAAAGCAAAGUGGUUUAGUUUAAAUGAACCAAAAUAUGUAUAUUACAGUGCAGAUACCCUUCAAGAGGCUCUUCCACACAGAGAACCAGCUGAGCUUAGCAGCAGUGAGGAGCUACCAGUAAUCCGAGACAUGGCAGAAGCUGUGAAAUGGAUUGAUUCCAAUAACCAUCUGCUCAAAGGGCCGGUGGAAGAGCCUCUUUUCCUCACCAUGACUGAGGAGGAAAAGGAAAAGGCCCUCAAUGAUCUCAGUGAAAGCACAGACUCUUCGAGGGAGCCCUUUACGUUUCUUUUUCAGUUCAGGGAUGACAUGGAAUUAGUUAUACAAGAAUGUCAUGACAAAAUGGGCCUAAAACUGAACUGUUCAUUUGAUACAUUUUAAUUUAAAUUAAUGCCAUAUGGUCAUGACAAUGUGUGAAUUGUUUGUUUUGUAAAUUGUCAUUUUCAUUUUAUACAAAAUUGUCAUGGCAAAUUGUUUAGCAAGUUUAUUCCAUAAACUUUAAUUAUCUAGU